AUGGCGAGCUACUCAGACGAGCGAAUUAGGGCCACCAUUUCGGAGCUGAAGCCAAAGUUUCUGAAGGCUUUUAAUGUCGCCUCUGAAGGCGAUGUGGAGUGGCUCCUUUUCACCUUCGCUCCGGGUCGUGUGAACUUCUUUGGUGAACAUGUCGACUACAUGGGCGGGUAUGUGUGUCCCGCCGCCCUCACGGAGGGCUGCCACAUUCUCGUUGGGCGUGUUCGACACCUCCGUGACGGAAAGUUGCGCUUUGCGACUGCCGAAGGUGCACACUUCGCCCUUGAUCGCCUUGGUCAGGCAACCCACGACAAAACGUGGACGACCUUCAUUCGCGGUGCGGCAACAUUGUCGCUGAACCACAUUGGCAUGCCAAUCGAUGCUCCGGAGCUGCAGGGCUUCUGCGCCAUCUCGAAGGGAACCUUGACGAUGGGCUCCGGCAUGAGUGCCUCUGCCUCCUUUGGCGUGGCCCUUUUGAACGCUAUCACGACUGUGGCAACGCGACGAUACCGCAGCAUGCGUUACGUGCCUGGGUCUCCGUUUCCUAUCCUUCCUCCUCGCGGCAGGGAAGAAAGGAUUACCCUAACUAAACAGGCUCACCGCAUUGAGACCGAAUUCUGCGGUGUUAACGUGGGAAUCAUGGAUCAGUUCGCGUCUAUUCAUGCGACGCGAGGUUCAUUCAUGUCUUUGGACUGCGACUCCCUAACAUUUGAUUCGCACUCAUUGUCUUACCUUCUUGGAGACUCCGCCUGCUUCCUGUUGAUAAAUUCCAUGGUUCGGCAUGAGCUGACGGGCGCGACAGCCGGUGGAUACAACACACUGCGCACCGACGCUGAAGGUGCGCAGGAGAUCGUAAAGAGGCGUAAGUUGAAUGGUGCGGCAUUUUCUUUCCGCGAGCUGGCCAGAAACCCCAAAAAAUUCACACAAGGAGACCCAGUGGCCUUUGUGGAGACUUGCAGACCCUACUUUACCCCUGGACAAUACGACCGUGGCAUCUUCAACAUUGCCGAGCAGCUCCGCACCAUUGAGUUUAUAGAGCUAUGCAAACCUGAAUGCCCGUUGAGCCAGGAGGCGAGAUUCCAAAGGGCGGGUGAGCUGCUGAAUGAAACUCAUGCAGGACAGCGUGAUCUCCUGAAGAUAUCUACCGAUGAAUUGAAUUUUAUUCAAGAGGCCAUUAAUCGCGAAGAUGGCGUGAGUGGUGGAAGAUUGAUGGGUGGCGGCUUCGGUGGAUGCAUUCUCCUUCUUCUUAAAAGGGAUGCGGUGGAAAGUGUGGUGAAAAAGGUGCAACAGGGCUUUAAGGCCAAAUUCGGCGUUGUCUGCGAGGUGUACCCCGUGGUUCUUGGAGACGGUGCCUUUAUUGCCUCCCUCUGGAAGGGUGCGCGGGGAAAACUGUAA